CCGAAUAUGACCAACAAGCUUACCCUAGCACUGCUCCAGCUGCCCGUGGGCAACGAUGUGGACGCUAAUGUACGGCGGGCGGUUUCCGCCGUAACACAGCUGAAGGCGGAUAAUCCAAAGCUGCAACUGGCCAUUCUGCCGGAGAGCUUCAACGCCCCCUAUAGCCAGGAGGACUUUCCCAAGUUCGCCGAGUCGGUUCCCGAGGGCCCAACCUGCACCACCUUGUCGCAACUCGCUCUCAAGCUGGGCAUCUACAUAAUCGGCGGCAGCAUUGUGGAGCGCGAUGCCGGAAAGCUGUACAACACAUGCACCGUCUGGGGACCCGACGGGAAGCUCCUGGCCAAGCAUCGAAAGAUCCACCUCUUCACCAUGAAAAUUGAGCCCGAAAACGCCGGUGGCGUAGAAUUUGAUGAGGCGGCUGUCCUGACGGCCGGAUCCGACCUGACUGUUGUCCAGAUCGGACAGCAAAAGGUCGGCAUUGGCAUCUGCCACGACAAGCGAUUCGAGGAACUUGCCCGGAUCUACCGCAACAUGGGAUGCACUAUGAUAGUCUACCCAUCCGCCUUUUGCAUCUGUCAGGGGCCCAUGCACUGGGAGCUCCUCCAGCGAGCCCGGGCCACGGACAACCAGCUGUACGUGGUCACCUGCUCGCCGGCCAGGGACAACAUGUCCGGCUAUGUGGCCUACGGGCACUCCAUGAUCGUGAAUCCCUGGGCUCAGGUGCAGCGCGAGGCGGGCGAGGGAUGCGAGUUCAUAGUGGAAGAAAUUGACUUCGACGUGGUUGAGCAAGUACGGAGGCAGAUUCCCAUCUUCAAGCAGCGGCGCACAGAUGUCUACGCAAAGGCCCCCAAGUUGUAGAAUCUUUUUAAACGAAUAAAGUACUCUUUAAAACA